CACGGGAAGCAGCAGCCACGUCGAACUUCAUUUCCCAGGAGGAAAUGUAAUCUGUCAGUUUUAUACGAUCUACGAGCUCAGACAGGCAGUGCAAGGGACGACUCAUCUGAACGGUGUCAAUUCUGUCUGUCUUUCAAUGAUUAUUGCAUUUGCAGUCAAAACAGGCAACAUUUAAACUCACUUGGCUAUAAAUAGUGAAUCCCUAGCCCCCCGCCCGCUACCCUUGCACAGAGAUAUGAGCGGCAGCGGGCGGCCCAGAACUAGCUCGUUUGCUGAGCCACAAGGUGUUCCCGGAGCCACUGCAGCAUCCACUGGAUCAGCCGCUGCCGUGGGGAGCAGCACGGGAAAGACCGGGGUCCCGCAGGCCUCGGGGAGCAGUUCGUCUGGAUGCUCGAAUUUAAAGCUGUCCAGGGACAGUGGGAAGGUGACUACAGUGGUGGCCACAUCUGGGCAGGGUCCCGACCGUCCACAGGAGGUGUCCUACACGGACAUCAAGGUGAUCGGGAAUGGCUCCUUCGGUGUGGUUUACCAGGCGCGCCUCAUCGACAGCCAGGAGAUGGUGGCCAUUAAGAAGGUGCUGCAGGACAAGAGGUUCAAGAACCGAGAGCUACAGAUCAUGCGAAAGUUGGACCACUGCAAUAUCGUGAGGCUACGCUACUUCUUCUACUCUAGUGGUGAAAAGAAGGAUGAGGUGUAUCUCAACCUGGUGCUGGACUUUGUCCCGGAGACCGUGUACAGGGUGGCCCGGCAUUUCAACAAGGCCAAAAGCAUCAUUCCGAUCAUUUACGUCAAGGUGUACAUGUACCAGCUGUUUCGCAGCCUGGCCUAUAUCCAUUCCCAGGGUGUCUGCCACCGAGACAUCAAACCCCAGAACCUGUUGGUGGACCCUGAAACGGCCAUCCUAAAGCUCUGUGACUUUGGGAGUGCUAAGCAGCUGAUUCGUGGGGAGCCCAACGUGUCGUACAUCUGUUCGCGGUACUACCGCGCCCCAGAGCUCAUUUUCGGCGCCACCGACUACACGGCCAACAUCGACAUCUGGUCGGCGGGCUGCGUGCUGGCCGAACUGCUGCUGGGACAGCCCAUCUUCCCCGGGGACAGCGGAGUGGACCAGCUUGUAGAGAUCAUCAAGGUUUUGGGAACUCCAACACGUGAACAGAUCCGUGAAAUGAACCCCAAUUACACAGAGUUCAAAUUCCCCCAGAUCAAAGCGCAUCCCUGGACUAAGGUGUUUAAGCCUCGCUCCCCUCCGGAGGCCGUCGCCCUGUGCUCGCGCCUGCUGGAAUACACCCCGGUCACGCGCUUUUCGCCCCUGGAGGCCUGCGCUCACUCCUUCUUCGACGAGUUGCGCCAGCCCAACGCCCGGCUGCCUAGCGGCCGAGAGCUGCCCCUUCUCUUCAACUUCAGCACCACCGAACUGUCAAUCCAGCCCCAGCUGAACUCCACCCUCAUUCCUCCUCAUGCCCGCGCACAGACUGCGUCCUCUGAUGGCUCUGGGUUAGACGGCUCUUCUCAGCACAGCUCUGUACCCGGAUCACUAAACAACAGCACCUGAAAUGUCCCUGCAAACCCUCGGUCUGCCAGCCCGACACACGCACACAUGCACACACACACACCUCGGUCUGCCAGCCUAAAUUCACACACACACACACACACACACACUGUAUUGCUUCUUUCUUCCUCGCUGCUUGUUAUUUUUCCCCAUUGGUUACAAACAUACCUUUUUUGUACUGUACAUACAUUGAACAAACCAUUCAUAGCCGGAAGAGGAGAUCAUUAGCUGACAAGGUAGUUUUGUUACAUGAAAUUGAAACUCGAUCAGCACUACAGGCUAAGAGUUAGAGACACAAACACACUUUCUCAUGUACUGCCACCUUAAGUGUUAUCCCACUCCCUCGCUGCAUCUCCUUUGGCCCUCUUUCUCUCCGGGCUGUUUAUAACACUCAUGUCCCUGCUGUUGGGGGUGACAUUUAAAGCUCCAGUAUGUGGGACAGGUCCUCUCUAUAAUACUUUUUAAAAUCUUUUUCUUAAAUCUUUUUUUUUUUAAAUCAAGGUAUUUUUUUAUUUUUUUAUUCUGUUUUAUUUAUUUGACUGAGAACUUCAUGAAGAGUUCCUGCCACCACCACACAAAGUGAACAGGAGUUUGUCUCUAGAAGCCAAUUGAGGUGUUUCCCCAGUUAGUCUACGAUGCGACCAAAUGAUUCUAAUGGGAUAAAAUGGUGUUGGUUGCAAGAUGGAGAGAUGAAGAGGCUGUGUUUGUUUUAUACUUUUAAAUGAUAUUUAAAAAGAGAUUAAAUGACAGCUGCUUUUUUCUUUUACUUGUAAAUGUAUUUAUUUUUUAAUUUGCUUCGGAAAAGGCACUGAGUUUUUACAUUGAAACGGGAGUGCAAGUUAGAAUUGGUAGCCGUACUUGCUAGCAAUUUCCCAUGUGUGUUGAGGACCUAAAGGAAAAGUUUUGACAGAGGGUGGUGGAGUUUGAGAGAUCCAGGAUUCUCAUCUAUGUAGCAGCAUCUCUCCCACUGACAAUCCCAAACUGAGCCUACUUUUACUGUCCGUGGGAAGACGAUCAAGGUGCUAUCGAUGAUUAAGACUGCUGUGGUAGUCAAUUGUCACCUUCCUAUUGGCUUCAAUAAAUGGCAUACCAUCAAUUAUAUUUGGUGCUUGUUAUCCAUUCAUAGCAUGAACUCUUCAGAACUCCUGAUUUGAAAGAGGAAGCUUUCUGGAAGUAUAUACAAACCGUGCUAUGUUUUGAGAAAUUUGCAGUGAAGAAAGUGGACUUUUCACAGCACACUUGUAAGAAUCUUUGUCAGUGUGGCACCCAUCUAGAUUGUAGAGGACGAAGGGAUUAUCAACUAUGGGGGUUCAGCCAUAUGGACAUAAAUAUAUACUAUAUAGAGUAGUUAACUCCAGUUUGGACUUUGACACAGACCCAUGAUCCCAGUUCCUUAUAAUACAUUUUCUGAAAUGGGAGUCAAGGUGGGUCUGUGUGAAGACAUACUCUGUUACUGGUGUAGAAGGGCAGAUAGCUAGUUCAUAGUAGUCCUAUAGGCUUGUACUUUGCUAUGUGCUUGUGGGAGUUCAUGAGAAUAAGUGAGAAAUUGAAGGGUGGGGGGAAUAGCGGAGUAUUUGUGUGUUCAUGUGAAGAAUUGUACCCGCCAAUUCAAACUGCACCGUUUUUAAAAAGCCAGUGUUGUAGGUUUAGCUCAGUUCUCAGUAAUGACCACUUGAAUGCUUUCUAGUGCAGGUGCGUUAUGCUAUUGUACAACCUCAGCCACCCCCUUGUAUGAACAACCCUCAUGUGCUGACAUUGAUUUAAAUAACUCAUUUUCCCUCCCUUUAUCUCUUUGAAGCCAUCUGCUUCCUAGCCCAGAAUCCCAACUGAUUUGCUUGAAAUGUAGCAUAUCGUUUUGGAUUCCAUUUGCUUCUCUCCCUAACCCAUGCCCCCCCCCCCCCCCCCCCCUCAUCUUAUUGCACAUCUGUAAAUAUCACCCACUUUAUUUUUUUCCCAUUUUCCUCAUUAUUUGUAUUAGCGUUUAUUUUCCAUUACCUGUUGAAGCCGUCCGAAACUGACUGGUCUCAUUUCCAUUCAAAAGUCUGUAAAUAAAAUUAGUUUUCGAUGUCCUGAUUUAAGAUGUAAAUACCCCCCCCCCCCCCCCCCCCCCAAAAAAUCCCUAUUUGUCAUCUCUCUCUCCAUCUCUCUGGUUGUGCACCCCAUCAACAUACGAUUGUACUGUAUCUCGCUGCUUUAUUUAUUGCUCACUUGGUGUUCUCUCAUGUAGGGAGAGGUUGAGGCACCUAACUGUUUUGUGGGCAUUAUGUCAAAUGUACUGUACUUGGCACCCACACAUUGGUAUUUUAAAGCAAGUUACUUUUUUGAAUGUGGAAAAGGUGUUUGGUUGGACAUAUCAAGAUUUAAUCACUCUCUGGUACGAUUCCAACUAAAUAAUUUCCAGUUUCACAUAUAUGUACUGACCUAUGACAGGGAAAUUUGAGUGUGGGCUGUUUUGAGUUUACCAGACAACCAUUCGGCCAAUGACUUGCCCCCAUUCAUUACAAUGGGUACCUAAAAAAAAAAAAAAGAAUUCAAGUGUGUGAAAGUGUCAUGUUGGGUGCAGAGGAGCCAUAAUACCUUUUUUUAUUUUUUUUAUUUUACCCAGUGUAAUGUGAAGGGUAAACCUGAGGGCCAUGAUGGCGACAAGGUCGGUUGAUGCAGCCAGCUUCCCGCCCUUGACAAUGCCUGAGCCCAUCACGGACAAUUCUGACCUCUGCUGCUUUUAAAAUGGCAGCCAUAGACAAAAUUCAGUGACUGCAGUACGACGAGCCAUGUACCAACCCCCCUCACCUUCUGUGUGUGCUUCCGUGAGCGUGUGUGGAAGUGUGUGUUUUUAUGUACCUGCCUAGCUGCUGGUUUCAUAACUAAAUCUUAGCAGUAUCAGGCUACUAGUGUUUAUCCUAUAAGUACCAUGUUGCGUGUGUAUCAACAUGUGUAUGUAUAGCAACCCAAGUGAGGUCACUUUUACUGUUCUGUGACGUGGCUCAGUCAUUUUUCAUUCCAAUCCUGUUUCAAUUGCGUCAUCCUGGCCAGGAGAACUGGUGUGUGUUUUUGGGAUGAGGGAGGAGAGUGAAGGAGGGAGAGAACCAAACUGUCUGUAUGAAAUGAUCUCAUUUAAUAAAGUGUAAAAUAGGUCUGAAAAAUCUAA